AUGUAUGCGCUCACUUCUAUGGCCAUACCGGACAAAUGCCUCCAUGGCAUGGCAGUGGAAAAGCUCAAGGUUGACGUGAUGGUGAUGAUUCAGUGCCUGGGCAGUAGUGAUGCCCAGGUGAAUUCUCAAUAUAUGGGUGUUUCAUCACAAUUGCUCUUCGAAACUCCGUUCCAAGUGCCCUGGACGUCUUUCAAGUAUAAGCUUACGUGA